AUGCCGGCUUGGAAAGCGGCAGAUUUAUCGGCAAGAACCAACUCCGAAACCGCCAGAGCGCUACAAAGUCAGGCAAAACAAGAGGUGUCUCAGCUAGCCUCCUGGAGUGUCUACGAGAAGAGACCAUCGGCAGCACGUGAGAGGGGAAAAAGGCCUUGCUUUCAAGAGAGCACUCACCACAACAGUAGCAGCACAACGGCUGCAGCAGCAGCCGCUGCUGCUGCCGGCAGUGGCGCUCCUCGAGGUUCUCCCCAAAGAAUGCAGUCUACCCACACCAUAGAGGAGAUUCGCGCUAGACUAAGGCCACGCAUUCAAUCCGGUAGGAUCCCAGGGGAUGCAAAAUUUGCCUUUGGGGGUUCGCGCGAAUCGGCGGAGGGGUGGGUGGAGGGGAGGGCUCACGCAAUGCAGCCCGCAGCAUGUGCUGUUUUUCUCACAGGAACCUCAUCUGCAGCCGUGCAUUCCUUGGAGACACUUCCGGGCGCUUCUUCCCCGCUGCGUCUCCGCCCGCAGUCAGACGGCGGCAUUGCUGCUGCUGCUGGAUCUGCAGCUGCUGUCGCUCGCAGUCCGCAGAGCAGCAGCAGAAGCAGCACAGCAGCAGCCACUGGCGGGGUCGCAGCGGAGCGUGCGGUGUCUGUACAGCGCGAGGCAGCAGCGCCUCAUUUUCGGGCUUCGGGAGCUGACUGCUUGGAGACGAUCAUAAGGAGACGUCAAACAAUAGCCUCGGAGCAACAAGGGGGGGUGCCUUCCCCCCUCUUGGCGGGAGGAGAGCAGACGGACUGUCUCUUCUUACUCCACGAACUUCUGGCGUUCGUGGAAGCCUUAGAAGCGCAUCGCCAACAGUCCCUUGCAGAAGCUGUGCGUUUGCGGAGAUACAACAGCGAGAUGGCGAUGCUGCUUCAGCAAGCCAAUGCACGGGAGCAGCAGCUCUUCAAGGAGCUGCAAAAGCAGCGCUCUCUCCUCGCGGAAACACACACGAAGAUGCAGCAGCUGCAGCACAAUGCGGAGGAGGCUGCCCAGUCUCUCAAGACGCAGCGCGACGUUCUCGCUGAGCGACUCCAAGUGGUAGAAACCGAAUUGGAGCGUUGUGUCGCAGAGAAUCAGCAACUCUUACGGCAAAACGCGCAGAAUGAUGCAUGCCUCCGUGAGCUUGCUGCAAUGCGGCAAUCACACGGGGUCAUUGAGAGGGAAAAGAAACAAUUGCAGUCGGAGUUGGAGGCUCAGGCAGUGGCGCGUUCAAGGCUGCUGAAUGAGCGCAUAGAGCUGCAAGGGCAGCUGCACCGUUUGCAAUCGCGGCUUGAAGAUGUAGAGACAGCAGAUGCAGGACGCGGACCAGCAGACUUUCCAGUGUGUGAGGCUGCUGCUUUCUCUCAGGUGUAUGGCGAUGGGGUUUUUUUUGAGGAGACAACGGAGGAAGGUUGCGCGAUGAUGGGGGUCUUGUUGCAUCAAUUGAUGGCUGAGGUGUCACCACACCUCACGGACGCCCAGAGAGAAGAAUUCGUGCAGCAAGGAGCAGCAAAACGUAUUCAGGAAGCCUUCCUUCAGAUGCGCGCCGAAAAAGUUGAAUUUCACGGAUAUGCUCUUGAGCUCUUGAACCGUCUGGAUGCCAUAGGAGGAACCUCCUGCUGCUCGUCUGUCUCCCCCAGUCAGCAGCACAUGGACUUAGGAGCUGCAAUGUUUGCCUCAAUGGGGUCAGGCAUUGCUGUUUCUGGAGGCGAUGUUGCUGCUGCUGCUGCUGAGAGGGAGGCCUUUGAAGCCAGUAGCGAGUGCAACAACCCCCUCGCCAUCUCGACAGAGUUGGCGGAGCCGCAGGCGGCUGCUCUCCCAUGA